AUGGUAGUUCCAAUUGCAAAAUCCAAUGGGAGAAGGGAGAGAGAGCUACAUAUAAACGUGACAGAGGUGUUUGUGGGGUUGUUAACACUAAAUUAUGUCUUUAAUUCGGACGAUUCUUCCGACAAGUUCGGUGCCUUUUCUACCUAUUUAAGAAGUUUAAAGGACUCCCAGAAAAAAGGGAGGGUGCCGGGAAAGAUUGAUCACAAGAUUGUGUGUCGGAGGCAGGGAAGAAUGAGAGAGUCAGUUAGUUUGAUGUCAAGUGCUCUUGAUUGUUUAAAAGAAGCCAAACAAGAAAGAUGCAAAAAAUUCCUGAUCUUUGAGUACACAAGCUCAGAUAAAAGUGAGCUCUCCGAAGAUGAAACUGGGCCAGAUGUGAAAAGACUUGUCACAAAGAGGUUGGCCUGGGAAGGACCAAAGCUGAGAGAACUCAAGGACGUCCUUGACCUUGCCCACAAAAGAUCAUUAAAGCCCCAUGUCAGAAAUUUCCGGACAGAAAGAGUUGUUGACGAGAGAUUCUCUUCACGAGGCCCCCCUCCAGAUGCCCCUAAAUGGACCUUAAAGAGUGGUUCUUCUCCAGUGGCUACAAGCAAACCUGCACGGGGAAGACAGUAA